AUGGAAGAAGCCAGACUUCGGAACGGGGCUUUCGACGGCACGGUUGGCAAGGUCACAAAUCAGUGCCCUUCCGCUGAGGGACAGCAACAGAGCUCGAACGAGUUCCACGAAGCCUCCCAGGAAGGUGCCAGCAUCUCCCUCAAGUUGGUAGUUUGGCUGGAUCGGUUGCUGUUCUCUCGUUUGACGUACUCGGCCAUCUCCAAAGGAAACAAUCCAUCGUUGGAAUGGGAAAUGAGGCUGCUUAAGACCGAGAAGGACGAGAAGCUCGUGUUCACAGACUGCUAUCAGGCCAUAGAGACUCUUUCCAACUCUGUCGCAGAUCUGGUCCAGUCCACCAAGAUAUACAGGAUUGCACUGUUUGUGGCUUUUUUCCUAUAUGGAGCAGCUACCGUGGGUGGUAUGGUGGUUGUCGGUCAGAUGCUCAAGGAUUACGGCAGUUGCAUCCGUAUGUAUUGA